GCAGCCGAAGGGCCAGUCAUCUCCUCACACCUUUUUCUGCAUCUACCACAAUCCCUGUCAUCCUUCCUGUAUGGUGGAUAUUAUUUUCAGCUCUUCUUUCUUGGAUGAUAUGGGGGAUCAUUCCAAAAAGAAGCCAGGAUUCGCGAUGUGUGUAGGAUGUGGAAGUCAGAUCCAUGACCAGUACAUAUUGAGAGUCUCUCCCGACUUGGAGUGGCAUGCAGCAUGCCUGAAGUGUGCAGAGUGCAGCCAGUACCUGGAUGAGACCUGCACUUGUUUCGUUCGGGACGGCAAAACCUACUGCAAAAGAGAUUAUGUAAGGUUGUUUGGAAUAAAAUGCGCCAAAUGCAACUUGGGAUUCAGUAGCAGCGACUUGGUGAUGCGAGCUCGGGAUAACGUGUACCACAUCGAGUGCUUUCGGUGCUCGGUGUGCAGCAGGCAGCUGCUGCCGGGGGACGAGUUCUCCCUGCGGGAAGAGGAGCUUCUGUGCCGGGCGGACCACAGCCUGCUGCUGGAGAGGAGCUCCGCAGGAAGCCCCAUCAGCCCGGGACACAUCCACCCCAACAGACCGCUGCACCUGGCAGAGCCCGCGGCGGUGCGGCAGGCCCCGCAUCGGAACCACGUCCACAAGCAGUCGGAGAAGACGACGCGCGUCCGGACGGUGCUGAACGAGAAGCAGCUGCACACGCUGCGGACCUGCUACAACGCCAACCCGAGGCCGGACGCGCUGAUGAAGGAGCAGCUGGUGGAGAUGACCGGCCUGAGCCCCCGGGUGAUCCGGGUCUGGUUCCAGAACAAGCGCUGCAAAGACAAGAAGAAGUCCAUCCUCAUGAAGCAGCUCCAGCAGCAGCAACACAGUGAUAAGACUGUAAGCAUCUUCAACCUGCAGGGCCUCACAGGGACGCCUCUCGUGGCUGGAAGUCCCAUCCGACAUGAGAGCACUGUGCAGGGAAACCCGGUGGAGGUUCAGACCUACCAGCCUCCGUGGAAAGCACUGAGUGAAUUCGCCUUGCAGAGCGACCUGGACCAGCCAGCCUUCCAACAACUGGUGUCUUUCUCUGAAUCGGGCUCUCUGGGGAACUCCUCGGGGAGCGACGUGACUUCUUUGUCCUCUCAGUUACCGGACACCCCAAACAGUAUGGUACCCAGCCCCGUGGAGACGUGAAAAAGGGGGCCACGCAAAAACCCAAUGGUUCCCACCCCAUCCCACUUGCCACGGCCACCACCACCACCUCCUGCAAGGACAGUUUGCAGCAUGUUCCCGCUCCCCUGCAUGUGACCAGCUCAUCACAUCGACCAUUCCACAGAAAGGAGAGCCUUUUUCUUCUGUUUCCUGACAUGGAGGAGAUGGAGCCAAGAGAGCACCGACAAAGCUUUUUUGUUUUAUUUUUUAUUUUUUUUUUAAGACCUCUUGGACAAAAACUAAGCAGAAGAACUGAUGCAUGACUUGAGAACAAAGAUACACAUAAGAUCUCCCAAUGGAUAUACUGAAACAAACUUUCCCUCAGAAACAGCUGGGAGCACUUCCAUGUCGAUGCAGAAGGACACUGCCGUUUCCCUGUGGUCAUAUUGUGUCUUGUUUUCUUCAAUAUGAACAUUUUUUGAUACAUUAAUUGCGUUAUCGAGUCCAGUUGACUCUUUGUCUUAUGGUCAGAGCAUGAUAAUCUGCAAAGUAUUCGUGUUGUAAAAUACUUCAUCUUAAGGACAGGUUACAGGCUGUUGGAGCCUCUCGAACAAAAAAGUAAAUUAUUGUUAUAUUAUUUAUUGUUAGGAAGUAAUUCGUUAAGGGGUUAUUAACUGAUAAAAUAAAAAAAAAUGAAUACAUGAGGUGUCUUUAUGACCAAUCUGUACGUGAGUAGUUCUUUGAACCUGUUAAACUGCUGCUGCAUUUGCUCCUAACUUAUUUAACCUUUUUUUCCCCAGAUGUAAAUUAACAUGAUUUUAAACUGACAAAGAUACAUUCAUUGUUCAAUUCGUGUGUAGGCCUAAAACAAAACAUUUCUAAUUGGAGAAACACGAUAAGACCAGUUUGAUGGGUAUUCUCUCCCACUUUAAAACAAGAAACCCAAGCAGGCAUUUCUUUAACGCUGAAUAUGCCGUCGGUCCCGUCUAACGACGCUGGCCGGGGGGCCAAAGGCUCUCUCCUCCUAUCAUCCUCCUCAUCUUGCGAUCUUUUC